CUGCAGCAGUCUCCUCUAACGAACCGUGGUGGCCAAGUUGGUCAAACGCAGAUGCGCUUAUCGAGUGAUAAUGAUGAAAAGAGAAUAUCCCAGCUUCUCGAUACCUACUUCAUUGAACAGCCUGCUCCUUCAACAUCCACUUGGGCAACACCAAGUCAUCAGACAGUCCAGGUUCAAUCAACUCAGUCAUUGCAAGGCGUUCAGACGUUGCAGGUAGCCCAGCUUCCACCACAAAUUUCUUAUGCGGGUGGCACGCUAGUUACGACCAAUGUGAAAGGAGUGGGAGUAAAUAUGAAUUUGAAAGUAGCCCCUGUCUCUCCUGAUAAGGCCGAAAAAGAGCGCCUCAAAAAGGCACGCCAAGCAGAAGCCGCAAGAAUGAGAUAUCACCGCUUGACACCUGCGGAAAAGCGCGAGCUGAAUCUGAAAAGAACUCUGGCACAGAAACGGAAGAGACAACGGGAAAAAGAACUUGAAGAAUUGGAGUCCAUACUUAGAGAAACAAAUGACAUACAGGAAGAUCCUGAUAUUACGGAGCAACUUCGAGAGAAAAGAAUGCGAGCAAAGUGGGCAGAAGCUGCGCGACAGAGAUAUGCACGAAUGACACCAGAAGAGCGUCGCGCUCACAACAAUCGACGUCGUAUGCGUCAAAUGCAGAAUGCAUUGGCUGCUGUAAAGGCUGCUGGAGGAACUGGGGAUCCUAUCAAGGAUGAGGAAGCAGUGAGAGCUCAUAUUAAAGCUCAGAAUGCCAAGAAAGCGGAAGCUGCUCGACAGAGAUAUCAUCGAAUGACUGAAGAGGAGAAACGCAUAUACAAUCAACGACGUACUGAAGCAUUUAGACGUCGUCGAAUGGAGGAAGAGAUGUUACUGGCUAUGCCUAUAGGUCGAAUUAACGGCGAAGCACUGGAUAGGUAUAACAUUAACGCGUCGACGAACAGAGCACAACAAAUCGUGGUGCGCAAUGCAAAACGAGCAGAGGCUGCACGAUUACGAUAUCAACGAAUGACGCCAGAUCAACGAAAG